CUCGUAGCAAGUGUCACUUCCAUGGCAUUUUUGUGGUCAUCCAAAAGAUUCACCACCCCCAACCUCCUUUCCCUCCCAAAAUAUUCAUCAGCAUCCCUUCCACCUUCAAUUUUCGACCACCAUCACUCCAUACCCACCCAAAUCCCCAAUGGGCCUUCAGAAACCCACAAGUUUGCCUUCCACACGGCCCAACCUCGACCAACCCCCGACGCCGAAGCAAUCUGCAGAAUCCUAUCCACGACCCGCGGUUUCACCGUCGACGCCUCUCUCGCCGCCGUUUCGGCGAAGCCCUCGCCGGAGCUCGUCCUCGAGGUCCUUAACAGACUCAGCAACGCCGGCGUCCUGGCGCUGUCGUUCUUCCGUUGGGCCGAGAAGCAAAGCGAGUUCAAAUACACCACUGAAGCCUUCCACGCCUUGAUCGAAGGACUGGGUAAGAUCAGACAGUUCAAGAUGAUUUGGACUCUGGUCAACGGCAUGAAGCAACGAAAGUUGCUUACUUCUGAGACUUUUGCCCUCGUUGCUCGACGAUACGCGAGAGCACGGAAGGCCAAGGAAGCAAUCGAGACGUUCGAGAAAAUGGAACAGUAUGGUUUGAAGCCGCACGCGUCGGAUUUCAAUAGGUUGGUCGAUGUUUUAUGCAAAUCCAAGUGUGUGGAGGAGGCACACGAGGUGUUUGAUAAAAUGCGGCACUUAAGGUUGGACCCUGAUAUCAAGUCCUACACCAUUUUAUUAGAAGGGUGGAGUCAGCAGCAGAACUUGAUUAAAGUCAAUGAGGUGUGUAGGGAGAUGGAGGAUAAAGGGUUUCAGCUUGAUGUUGUUGCGUAUGGGAUAAUCAUGAAUGCGUAUUGCAAGGCUAAGAAAUUUGAUGAUGCCAUUGGAUUGUACCAUGAGAUGAAAGCUAAGGGUUUGAGGCCUAGUCCCCAUGUGUAUUGCACUUUGAUUAAAGGUUUGGGUUCUCAUAAGAGAUUGGACGAAGCUCUUGAGUUUUUUGAAGUAUCAAAAGCUAGUGGUUUUGCACCGGAGGCUCCCACUUACAAUGCUGUUGUUGGGGCUUAUUGCUGGUCUUUAAGGAUGGAUGAUGCGUAUAGGAUGGUUGGUGAGAUGAAGAAGUGUGGGAUUGGUCCGAAUUCUCGAACGUUUGAUAUUAUACUUCACCAUCUUAUAGAGGGUCGUAGGGUUGAAGAGGCUUGCUCGGUUUUCCAGAGGAUGAGUGGCGAGUUUGGGUGUAAGGCGAGUGUGACCACGUAUGAGAUCAUGGUGAGGAUGUUAUGCAAUGAAGAGCGGUUGGAUAUGGCGGUGGCAGUUUGGGAUGAGAUGAAAGGGAAGGGAAUUCUUCCUGGAAUGCAUUUGUUCUCCACGUUGGUCUGUGCCUUGUGCCAUGAAAGUAAGUUGGAUGAAGCGUGUAAGUACUUCCAAGAAAUGUUGGAUGUUGGCAUUCGGCCUCCUGCCAAAAUGUUUAGUACCUUGAAGGAAGCUCUAGUUGAUGCUAGGAUGGAGCAUAUUGCCAUGCAUUUCGCUAUGAAAAUUGAUAAACUCAGGAAAUCUCCAUUAGUUGCUUGACACAAAGGAGUGGAUGGUGUGAAAUUUUCAUGUGAUCGUGCAAUAUUUGGGUCUACCUGUAUCUUGGUAAACGUUCACAGGAGAUGGAUAUGAAGUUCUUACACGCCAACGUGUGUGAAGAUUCUGUUCAUGUUUCUUGGAGACAUUCAUAUAUGACUAAUAUGAGAUGGGGUUAUGCUUAUUUAACCUCUUAAGAAGGAAUUUUGCAUCACAUUGUCGUGUGAAAAUUUCAAGUGAGUACAUCUAUUCCCGUGAUAUAUCUCAAGGGUAAUUCAUAGGGAUACCUAUGGCUACGAUCAGCUAGCCACCUGCAAAAUUUAUCUAAAUGAUUUGUUGACUCUUUAAUAGGAUGCCUAUUUAUAGGCCGAGACAACUUUAGAGUGCAUUUACUCUUUUUUUAAUUAAUCAAAUGAUUGAGUACAAGAGGUUGAGGCUAAUGUGUUGAAGUUAA